GACAGCGGUACGGUAACACUGGUCACGUGCGCACAUGUUUGUUUUCAUUUUCGAUUGGCGGCCUAAAUAAAUGCAAACAUGAAGGUCAAAAUGAUGAGUCGCAACCCGGACAACUAUGUCCGGGAAACAAAGCUGCAGCAGCACAAGCUGCCCCGCAACUAUGAUCCAUCACUGCAUCCACUGGAGGGUCCCAGGGAAUAUGUGCGUGCACUAAAUGCCACCAAACUGGAUCGCGUGUUUGCCAAACCUUUCGUCUGCAAUUUAAGUGGACAUCGCGAUGGCGUUUCCUGCUUUGGAAAACAUCCCAAGCUGCUGUCCGCGCUAGCUACCGGAGCCUAUGACGGCGAGGUGCGUAUCUGGGACUUGGCGAAUCGCUUGAGUGUACGGAGCUUUGUCGCCCACAAUGGAUUUGUACGAGGAAUCGCAUAUGCGAAAAAUGGAGAACGUAUCUUCACCGUCGGUGAUGACAAAACCAUUAAGGUUUGGAACUCACUGGCACCGGAGGUAGGCGAGGAAGAAGAGCCGGUCAACACAGUACAAAGUCGAUAUGGUCUGCAUGGCAUUUCACACAACCGCAAGGACAACAGCUUUGCGACGUGUGGCGAGGUGUGCGCCAUUUGGGAUGAGCAGCACAAUGAUCCUCUGAAGACGCUUAAAUGGGGAGUGGACACUCUGCACACGAUUUCGUACAAUCCCGUGGAAACCGAUGUGCUAGCCUGCUGUGCGAGUGAUCGUAGUAUCAUCCUGUACGAUCAACGCGAGGCUCAACCGCUGCGCAGGGUAGUAUUAACCAUGAAGAGCAACAAGCUGGCCUGGAACCCCAUGGAGGCGUUCAACUUUACAGUGGCCAACGAAGACUGCAAUCUCUAUACCUUCGACACGCGUAAACUUCAAACUCCUCUAAAGGUGCACUUCGAUCACGUUUCCGCUGUAACCGAUGUGGAUUAUGCACCCACAGGAAGAGAAUUUGUCUCGGCCAGCUAUGACAAGACAAUACGUAUCUAUCAUGCCCAUCAGAGUCACUCCCGUGACAUAUAUCAUACCAAGCGCAUGCAACAUGUGGUCUGUGUUGCCUGGUCGUUGGAUAAUCGAUAUAUUUUCUCCGGCUCCGAUGAAAUGAACGUGCGCAUGUGGAAAUCUAACGCAUCGGAGAAGUUGGGAAUCAUUCGCCCAAGAGAGCGUUCCAAUUUCAACUAUCAGGAGGCUCUCAAGGAGAAGUAUGCUGCCCAUCCGCAAAUCAAACGAAUUGCACGCCAUCGUCAGGUACCGCGGCAUGUUCUCAAUGCCCAGAGAAAGAUGCGAGCAGUCAAGGAGAAGGACCAAGUGAAAGAGGGGAAUGUGCGAAAACACUCUAAGCCUGGGAAAGUACCCUACGUCAGCGAGAAGAAGAAGCAUGUACUGAAGGAAGAAGUCUAAACACGUUUAUAAACCAUGUAGUUAAUAAUGAAAAGAAAGCGACGAAUAACGAAAUAUGUUUUGGAAACGA